GCCUCGUGUAAGUGCCACCCUUUGAACAGAAACAAUGAGGACACUCGGUCUUCUUCUUCUUCUUGUCAUUGCUGGUAUCCAUGGACAGCCUUCAGCAGAAACACCUGAUGAUUUUAGGCUUCCUGAAAAUCGCUGGGUGAAUGACUUUGAUGGCGAACUGUCUUUUACUUGCCCCACAUUUGAAACAAUUAAUACAAUUAUCAGUCAGCAUAACAAUCACCAUGAGGAUCGUCAAUGGGAUUUCCUAUGUCGGACGUCAUUCAGCCAGCAGCCUUUUUGUACGUGGAGCAACUACGUGAAUAACUUUGAUGAAGAAUUCACCUUCACCUGCCCAUUUAACUCCAUUAUUAGUGGUGUAAAGUCUUACCACCAGAACCAUGAAGAGGAUAGGAGAUGGAGAUUUUACUGCUGCCACGCUGAAAAUGUCUGCCUCCAAAACUCUGUCUGGACAAACUACAUGAAUAUUUUCGACGGGUACUUCAGUUGGCAAGUUCCAGACUCCAGCUACCUUGUCAGCGUCUCCAGCUACCAUGAUAACCAUUACGAGGACCGUCGAUGGAAGUACCAAUACUGUGGGCAACAGGAAUGCUAAUGGAAUGAGGGCUGGUCGGCGAAAUGUUCACCAGCAUUUAGAUGAUUUACUCAGAGAUAUACAACGUAUUUCGAACAUGUAAAAAGUAAAGUGUUAGACUGCAGAAAUAUUAGAUUUCACAAAUACCAUUUCGAAGCAAAUAUGAUGGAUUGGAAGUAGGAAAUGGAACGUAUUUCCAUGUUUUAUGGAUAGCAUUGGAACUGUCAGCUUGGAGAACAAUAAGAGAAAAAGGUAGCACAAUGGAUCUCUCAAAGGGUGAUUGUGUCUUAAGUGCAGCAAAAAAAAAAAAAUUCUGUUUGGUCUGUGUGCGUCAUUUCAGUUUCCCACGCUAACCAAUCUUCUCCUUUCUCUGAAGUGGGAAUGACAACUUGGUUUUAGUGGGAUACAGGUCAAACCCAGUCAAAUGUGACGAGCUUAGGUGGGCACCCAGAGCAGUACAGGUAACUUGGGCUGAAGGGCGUGUUUUUCUGCUGUAUUACUGUACCUUAGUAGUUCUUCAAAGCCAUAACCCUAACUGUUAGGGGUUGCCUUAUGGUAUCCAAUUAUACAAGGAGUGAUCUGCGUCAGCCCAAGAGAAUAGUGUGAGGCUGUAAAUAUUUAUAGCAAUUCAUUUCACAUCUAAUCCUUGUUUUGUGGAUUUAAAAUUGCAACAAUUGUUUAGGCUUGAGGAUGUCUUAAAGCUGGCUAUCUCGCAUUUUUGGCCGCAUUAUAAAUCAUUCAGAUCAUUAUACAUCAUUUCUUACCUUUGAUAAAUCACUUUGUCUUUCUUAUUCAGAAUUGCCUUUCUUAAAUUAUUUCAACAGGGAAACAUAAACUUUGUGAAACUCAAGACAAAACAACCCAUCACCAAGCAUAGUGCAAUUUUGUUUUCAUCUCAAAUCAGAGUUCAGUUUACAUUAUGCAGUAUAAUAUAUACUUCUGUAAUUCACAGUUUUUUCCUCUCUCUAUUAUUAUGUAUCGCAUUGUACUGGUGCCUCAAUGUUAAUAAAAUCCAUGACAUAUGCUGGUGAUAUUAAACUUGAUUCCGAUUCACUGUAAUGGAAUUGAAUGAACCAAACUGCUCAUAAGGCAUAUGUAGCACAAGAGAACUGUGCACUGUAGCCAAAUCAAUGUGUUAAUUUAGAGUGUAGACAACAUGACAAGAUCUGAGUAAGUUGCCCAGACACAAUACUGAGGUGGUUGGUAAAAUGGGAAUUGUGUGACAAACAACUAGUCAGUUUUAUUUGCAUGUCUAGUUAGAUUAUGCUGAUGGUCACCAGCUGGAGUGAGGAUGGGGUUGUGGAACUGUGGCAUGAUGGCAGUGGGUCAUUAAAGUUCCAAUUUGUGGUUCCUUUACAGAAAGUGAAGGAGUCUUGGCACAGGGAGGUAUUGGAACAGGAGAGGCAACGAUAAUUAUGAAGGUCUCCACUGUUCGAAAUUCCCAUUUUCCACUUCUCUUAUGAAGUUUCAUUCAUUCUUCCCCUCAUAUAUUUGACAUCCAUUGCAAUAUUGCAACUCUACAGACUGCAGUAGAAAACUGCAGAAUAUAACACUUCAUUUCAAUUGUUGUCUUCUUAUAAACACUGUAAGAUUUGACCUUCUGUUCCUUAAAGUUUCCAGAAGAAUAUAGGGUAACUGUCAUUAAUUGGCAUAUGUUUAUGAAAGAGAAAACACAUAGAGAACAUCAAUAUACAAAGUUCAGAUGAACAGCUUUAAGAACUGCACUGCAUCAAUGAAUGAAGAGGGUUCAAUUUACAUGUAUGAGGCUACUGGAACUUGUGCAUCCAGCAUGUGUUGGGUCAUUCAAUGCUCCAUAACACUAUCUAGGUCAGAAAUAGAGAGAGUCCAGGUCAGAAAUUGUACCCCUGACCUUAUUACCACUGUGGCUCUUGGCUUGCAGAUAUUUCAGAUACAGACCAAAUAUAACUUUGAUAUUAUGAUGGGCAGUUGAAAACAGAUCUUUUGUUUAUGACUGCCGGGUCCACGAAGAUCCAGUGAAUAAGCAGGUACUCAUGUAAUCACUUUGGGCUCGUGGAGGAGGAGACACAAACCAAUGCCUUGAGUACCUAAAUGGCGGAAAAGGGGAGAACACAAACAAGAGAAAAUCUGCAGAUGUUGGAAAUCCAAGCAACACACACAAGGCUUCUCAUCUUUCUUUCCAGUCCUGAUGAAGGGUCUCGGCCCGAAACAUUGACUGUUUACUCUUUUCCCUCCAUGCCGCCUGGCCUGCUGAGUUCCGUCGGCAUUUUGUGUGUGUUGAAAAGGUGAUAAGCUGCUUCAUAUUUUACGUAUGUUAUGUGGGCAUUUAAUAUUUUCAUAGCCCAAUAUACACACUCUCACUGGCUGAGGUAUCUCGAGUAUGUGCAUGCAGUUUGGCCCUUGAGUCACAGUUGCUCAUUUUGUGCAAUGCCACUGCAGACAGAAAGCUGCAUUUGGGUGAAGUGAUCCUCAGUGAGGUUGACUCUGGGAAAUGUGGCACUAGGAACUCCAAUGCCAGAGAUGCAGUACAUAUUAGUUUUACAAGAACUCUCUGUCUGCUGUAUGCCACAAAUAGUCAUCAUAUCAACAGGUAAACCUUUACCACCACCUAACACAACUAGUGCAGAGGAGAUGGUAUAGGGUGCCCUUGUACUUGUGUUCCUAAAUGCUGUUUCUCUACCUAUAACAUAUUGCUGCCAUUUAACCCUUUCUUCACUUCUUAUGGGGUUGCAAAGUGGCAACAGCGUCAUAAGAACUUAUGAUAAAACUUUCAUUUCACUUGUAUAAUGAAUGGCAGCAUCAAUCUGGAAUGCCAAACCUAUUCUUGGACUUGAGGACCAAUCAAACUACAUUUCAGCCUUGUGUAGCUAAUCCUUCUCAGCACUGUGAGAGUACCUUUACCAGAGCAAUGUAGCUGUGUAAGAACUCCGCUCAUCACGGUCAGUGCUGACCUUGCUAAAGAUCUCACAAACUAAUAAGUAUCCCUGAAUUUUAGGAACUUUCUUGUAUUCUCCUUUUCAUGGUGGAUGGGGUCCUGUCAGAGGCUGUGACUACAGCAACACUCAAACUGCGGCUCUGCAUAGCAGUGUGUUCCUGUUCUUGGAGCUCACUGACCUCCAGGUACAGCCUGUAGUUAGGCACUAUUGGGUGUGGCUUUGUAUGGCCCUGUCGACAUGAAUUCUCACCGUGUGUCACGAACAUUAUGGAGAGCCGCAACAGCGAGAGCGGCUGUCGAAAACAGAGGCCUCUGCACUCGGGCGAUGCUCUCCCUCCCUCCCCCUCUCUCUGUCUCGAUGGCGGAUGAGUGUCUGCUGCUGAUUUUCGAGUUGGGGAACUCGAAAUAAAAAGUGAUACUGCAGACUGUGACAGUAACAUCAGAACAGUGACUGUUUGUCCCCCCUCUCGCAGUGCAAAAAUUGAUAUCUGUCUCUCUCUCGUUAGAGAGAGAGAGGCCCUGUGGGAUGUUGAAAUGCUGCAGUGAACAGUUAGUUUUUGAUGUACUGCAGACCAUGGUCUCUUCUGGGGUGGCUUUGCUGCUCCUUGCAUGGUGGGAAUGCUGAUGCUUUAUGCUAGAAUAAGCGGAGGGAGGGGAAGAGUUGAUGCUGCUUGCUGCAAGGGAGGGGGCAUGGGGCUUUGGGCUUCUUACUUUUUUCUUUAUCAUUCAUUCAUUGGUGAUUUUCAUCUGUUUCAAGGAUGUCUGCGGAGAGUAAGAACUUCAGGCUGUAUAUUGUACACAUUCUCUGAUAUUUAAUGGAACCAUUGAACCAUUGUUUGCAUAUUGCCUUCUGGUAGUCUUUGUAAACUGUGGCAAGGAACAUAAUCAGAGACAAUAAAGAAUUCUAAUCCAGUGUAAGACCAAAGAAAGUCCACAACCUUUCUUCCUCUCUCCCCUCCAUGUAUUCCCUAAAUACCCAAAUGUUGUCAUUGUGUCCUAAGGUCUAUGUUGUAGCCUUCACAAAGCCAGAGACUGUUUAACAGAUGAUCUGACCUCAAAAGGUUAUGAAGGAGGAUGAGGAGUUCAAUUCACCAACUCCGCUCAUCUUCAUCAGCGGCAGACAUACAACAGUGAUUUUAAAAUGGAACUGAGAUACCGUUUCCUGCAGUUUGCAGUUUAAAGAAGAUGAAUUAUCAACAAUUGCCUGCACUGUCUAAAAUA